AUGGCAAACGUUGUUGUUCUUGUCUACUUUGUUACUUUUACACUUCUUACCAUUUUCUUUCCUCGAACUCUCGCUGUAACAAUCCGGAGUGGCCUUAUGCAUAGGACUCAUGGUUUUGUCGCGAACAUCUCGAUUGGUGAGCCCGCCAUGUACCAGCUUGUACUAAUUGACGCGAGUAAGCCGUACAACUCUCAUAUGUGUGGUGUGUAUGGAGGUAAGCAAGGUGACAAAGGCAAGUGCUUAUACAAAUCAAAGUUCCCCGAUCAGAGUGUGUCCAUGGGAACCCUUGGCCGAGACACUCUUCAAUUCACUACUACCUCUGACAACGGGAAAAUGAGGGUUCCGAUGAUAGCUUUUGGGUGCGGAACACAUAAUGCUGGAGGUGGAUUUGGCGACGAGUAUAGUGGUAUACUUGGUUUAGGGCCGGGUGAGACAUCACUAGUGAGACAAAUAGGGUCGUCCCAAUUUUCUUUUUGCAUAGGCAGCCUUAUUAUUAAUGAUCCAUAUAGUCACCUUAUUAUAGGUGAUGGAGCAACGAUAGAGGGGAAUCCAACACCCUUUGAAAUUUAUCAAGAUUCAUACUAUGUUAAGUUGGAUGGGAUUAGCAUUGGAGAUAAACAACUUGCAAUAGACAGAAAAGUGAUUACAAAUUCUGUUACAUUUGACUUGAGAACUCCAACUACCUAUUUGCCUAAAGGAGCUUAUGAAGUGUUGAGUGCGGAGGUGACGAGGUUAAAUCAAGGAAAAUUGGAGCUAGUGGAUAUGGUAAGCGACCGCUUAUGCUUUUUGGGACAUGUCUCAGAGGAUGUAAAAUAUUUUCCAGAUGUUAGAAUUCAAUUUAGUGAAGGUGCUUGUUUAGCCUUGCCACCAGAAUCUCUAUUUGAUCAAACUUUUGGAGAUGCUUUUUGCAUGACUAUUGAGUCAUCUGAAAAAGAUCUCACAAUUAUAGGGUUUUUUGCCAUGCAAAACUAUAAUGUUGGUUUUGACUUAGUGGAAAAACAAAUGUACCUAGAAUAUGUUGAGUGUGAGAUAGCAUAA